AUGGACAUUAAGAAACCCAUCACCUCGACCAUCUCCUCGGCUUCCUUCUCCUUCCUCACCGCCGAGGACAUUCGCAGAAUCUCGGUCAAGCAGAUCAUCAACCCUGUUCUGCUCGACACCACCAAUCACCCAAAUGCAGGAGGUCUUUACGAUUCGGCCCUUGGGCCCAUGCGACCCAACGACAUCUGCUCCACAUGCCACCUCAACUCGUAUCAAUGCCCCGGCCACUUUGGCCACAUCGAACUUCCCUCGCCCGUCUUCCACCCGCUCUUCAUGGGCAAUAUGUUCAACCUGUUGAGAGGCACCUGCUUCUACUGCCACCGCUUCCGUGCCUCGCUCGUCGUCCUCACCAAGGUCAUUGGACGCUUGCGACUGCUCGAGUACGGUCUUGUCGACGACGCAGAGAACAUCGAGGCUGAGGAGCCACGCUCCAACGCCAAAUUCUCCGACCUCAGCAACGAAGAGUUCGACAGUGCAAACGAAGAUGCCAACGAGGAUGAGGCUCCUAAAAAGUCGAAAGCCGGCAGCUCAAAACCCAACGGCUUCACCGGCGAGACCCCCGCCGAGUUCGCCGAUCGCAUCAACAAGCAAGUCAGGGAGCUCAUCAAGGCAGCCAAGGCGAGCGGCAAGGCUCAGGUCGAGCCCGAAGCUGGCAGUCUCGCCUACACGGCUCGCAAGAAGUGCAUCAACGACUUCAUGAAGGACAUUCACAAGAAGCGCUGCGGUCAGUGUGCGGCCAUCAGUCCCAAUGUGCGUCGCGACGGCUUCCUCAAGAUCAUGGAGAAGGCUCCUCUCCCCAACGAGAUCGCUUCCAACGAACAGAGGGGAUACCUCCGCAUCUCGCCUGUCAAGCGCGUCGCUGCCAUCGAGCGCCGUCUCGCUACUUCGGCCGCGUCCACAUCGGCUUCUGCAGAUGCCGACGACGACGCUGGCAUCGCAUCGCAGGCCAUCUCCGCAGACAACGCUCCCAAAGAGGCAGGCUACCGAGUCAUGCCUGCUGUCGAGUGCCAAGCGCAUCUUCGUUUGCUCUUCCACAACGAAGGCCCUCUCUGCUCGCUCCUCUUUGGUCGCAAUGGUCCUUUCCGACUCGGCAACUCGGAAGGCAAGGUCAAGCCCAAGGUCGGCGAAUCCAUCUGGUCCACUCCCAACGGUGCCAGUGCCGACAACUUUUUCAUCAGUGUGCUUGCCGUGCCACCAACACGCUUCCGUCCCGCCAGUAUCAUGGGUGACAUGACCUUCGAGAACUCCCAAAACGAGCUGCUCACCAACGUGCUCAAGACCACCUUUGCCAUCCGAGAUCAGAUCACCGAACUGGCCCGACUUGUUUCCAAGAAAGAUUUCCCCGAACUCGGUCCCAAUGCCCCCGAAUCGGAAUACAGAGCAGCCGAGGCACAAAUCAUCAAGGCUCGCGAAGACACGCGCCGCAAGGUCCUCAACUCGAUGAUGCAGCUCCAAGUCGACGUCAACUCGUUCAUCGACGCUAGCAAGAACCCCAUGCCUCUGCGUCAAGGCCAGCUGCCACCACCAGGUGUCAAGCAAGGCCUCGAAAAGAAGGAGGGUCUCUUCCGAAAGCACAUGAUGGGCAAGCGCGUCAACUUUGCCGCCCGUUCCGUCAUCUCGCCCGACGUCAACAUCGAGACCAACGAGAUCGGCGUGCCGCCCGUCUUUGCGCGCAAGCUCACCUAUCCCGAGCCCGUCACCGUACACAACGUUCAGCUCAUGCGACAGCUCGUCAUCAACGGUCCAUUCAAGUAUCCUGGUGCCGUCGCCAUCCGCAGCGAGGAUGGCACCGAGACGCAGCUCGACAAGCUCAGCGUCGAGGAGAGAACCGCACUUGCCAACCAACUCCUUACUCCGCAAGAACACUCGUCCAAGCAGGCCCGCGGCACUUUUGCCGGCCUCGGUAGCUCGACGCGCACCCCCAUCGCCAACAAGCAGGUGCUCCGUCACCUCCGCGAUGGCGAUAUCUUGCUGCUCAACCGACAGCCCACCUUGCAUCGACCGUCGAUGAUGGCCCACAAAGCACGUGUGCUCGUCGGCGAAAAGACGAUUCGAAUGCACUACGCCAAUUGCAACUCGUACAACGCCGAUUUCGAUGGUGACGAGAUGAACAUGCAUUUCCCGCAGUCGCAAGCCGCUCGUGCCGAGUGCUACUACGUCGCCAACACCGACAACCAGUAUCUGACCCCCACCAGUGGUAACCCGCUCCGCGGUCUCAUUCAGGAUCACGUGGUCGCUGGUGUGUGGAUGACGUCCAAGAACACGCUCUACACGCGCGCCGAGUACCAGCAGGUGCUCUACGGUGCUUUGCGACCGGAAGGCAAGUACACGGGUGGCGGCCGCGUCCUCACCGUGCCACCGGCCCUUCUCAAACCAGAGCCUCGCUGGACGGGUAAGCAGAUCAUCUCGACCGUGCUCCUCAAUCUCAAGCCUUCCAAAGCAGAUGGCCUCAACCUCACCUCAAAAGCCAAGGUGGCCGGCCGAAUGUGGGGCAAGGACCACGCCAGCGAGGAGAAGGUCAUCAUCGAAGACGGCGAGCUACUGCAAGGUGUGCUCGACAAGGCCGCCUUUGGUGCCUCGUCGUUUGGUCUUGUCCACGCCAUCUUUGAGAUCUACGGGUCCGAGACUGCCGGAAAACUCCUCAGUAUUCUUUCACGUCUCUUCACCAAGUUCCUGCAGACCAACGCCUUCUCCUGUCGAAUGGACGAUCUUCUGCUCAGCAAGGAGGGCGACGAGGUGCGACGCACCACGCUCGAUGCUGCCAAGAACCAGGGCAAGGGCGUCGCAAUGAAGACCGUCGGUCUCGAAGGCGAGGACGAAAGGAACCCGGACACGGACAGGAAUCUGCGCAUCCGUCUCGAGGAGGUGCUCCGCGAUGAUGACAAGCUCGCUGUCCUCGAUGGUGAGAUGAUGAACUCAUCCAACGCUCUCACCUCCAAGAUCAUCGAGUCGUGCUUGCCCGCCGGCUUGUACAAGAAGUUCCCUGAGAACAACAUGCAGAUGAUGACCGGUUCCGGAGCCAAGGGUUCCGCCGUCAACGUGUCGCAAAUCUCGUGUCUGCUCGGCCAGCAAGCCCUCGAGGGUCGACGUGUCCCUCUCAUGGUCAGCGGAAAGUCGCUCCCUUCGUUCCGUCCCUUCGAGACCUCGGCUCGAGCUGGUGGUUUUGUCAGUGGCCGCUUCUUGACGGGUAUCCGUCCUCAGGAGUACUUCUUCCAUUGCAUGGCGGGCCGUGAAGGUCUCAUCGACACGGCCGUCAAGACCUCGCGUUCCGGUUACCUGCAGCGAUGUCUCAUCAAGCAUCUUGAAGGUGUCCAUAUCCAGUACGACAACACGGUCCGCAACGCCGACGGCUCCAUCCUGCAGUUCAACUACGGCGAGGAUGCCCUCGACACGACCAAGAGCAAGUACAUCGGACAGUUCGACUUCACCGCCGCCAACUUUGAGAACUACAACAAGCGCUACGAUCCCAAGCAGCUCGGUGAGGUGGUCGAGGCGGAGCUCGCUGCUGAGCACAUGAAGAAGGCGCUCAAGAAGCCGCACAAGUACGACCCCGUUCUCAGCGUCUACACGCCUUCGACACACUUUGGCUCCAUGUCCGAGAAAUACGCCAAGGAGAUCGAGGCCUACAUCGAGAAGAACCCGAGCAAGCUCCUCGCCGACAAGAAGAAGAAGAGCAAGAAGCGCAAGUCUGAGGCGGACGCAGGCGCUCCCGUUGAUGCAGGCACCGUCGAGAAGCUCCGCUUCGCCAAGGAGAAGCUCGGCGUCGAGGCUUUCCGCGCCAUGUGCAAGGUCCUCUACCACCGCGGUCUCGUUGACCCUGGUGAGGCUGUUGGCCUGCUGGCUGCCCAGGGUGUCGGUGAGCCCUCGACGCAGAUGACGCUCAACACAUUCCACUUUGCCGGUCACGGUGCCGCCAACGUGACGCUCGGUAUCCCGCGUCUGCGUGAGAUUGUCAUGACAGCGUCGCAGAAGAUCAAGACGCCCAUCAUGCGCCUACCCGUUCUCGACGGUAUCACCAACGACCAGAUCAAGACGUUCUGCAAGGAUGGCAGUCGACUCGUUCUCAGCCAGGUCAUCGACGAGGCCACGGUCACGGAAAAGAUCUCACCCAAGUCCGAAAAGACUGGCUUCCACCGUCAGAAGACGUACACGGUGCGCCUCAACUUCUAUCCAGCCGACGAGUGCAAGGAAGAGUACAACUGCACCACGUCGCACAUUCUUCGCGGUUUGCACGAGACGUUUGCGCCCACACUGGAGAACAGCAUCAACCUCGAGAUGCGCAAGCAGAAGCGCGAGCACGCUCUGCAGGCGGCUGCCAUCGGAAAGGGCCAGACGUUUUCGGACAAUGCACCUGCCGGUGACAAUGCCGACAACGAUGGAGCGCCAGUUGCGGGUGCUAAUGGCAGCAGCCAGGUGCGCGCACGAGGCAACGAGGCCGAUUCGGACGAUGAGGAGGAUGCGUCGUCGGAUGUCGGUGACGGAGACGCCGACGAUGCCAAGAGGAAGCAAAAGUCAGCGGCGCACGCAUCCUACGAGGAAGGUGAUGACGAGGACAUGGGUGGCGUUCCUUCCACCGCCGAGGACAUCGAAGCCGCCUUCAGCAACGGAAACAAGAAGAAGUCGGCCAAUGCUAUGGAUGUGGACAGCGACCGCAGCGACUCGGAGUCCGAGGAUGGUUCGAUCAACGAAGAAUGGGCAGAGCAGACCUCGGCGCUGGACCGAGCGCUGCAGGAGAACUCCAAGUACAUCACCGCCUUCCGCUUCGACGACGUCAAAGCGCGAUGGGCCGAGUUGGACCUCACGCUGGCCACGCAGUCGCAGAAGCUGCUGCUGAUCAACAUAGUCGAGCGCGUCUGCCGAAACAGUGUCAUCCACGAGAUUCCCAACAUCUCUCGUGUCAUGAAGCCGCCGCCCAAGGCUGGCAAGGAGGGUGUCGCGCUCACGGCCGAAGGUAUCAACUUCCGCGAUCUGUGGGACUUUGGCUUCGGUGUGGUCGACCUGGACAACCUCUACACCAACGACAUUGGUGCCGUGCUGCACACGUACGGUGUCGAAGCCGCGCGUGCCGCCAUUGUGUCCGAGAUGCGAGGCAUCUUUGAUACCUACGGCAUUGCUGUGUCGCCGCGACACUUGUUCCUCAUCGCCGACUACCAGACGGCUGCCGGUGGCUUCCGUCCUUUCAACCGUUCCGGUAUCGCCGAGUCUUCGUCGACGCUGCUCAAGGCGUCGUUCGAGAUGACCAUGGCUUUCAUCGGUGGCUCUGCUCUGCACGGAGACGUCGACAUGCUCAAGACCCCUUCGAGCAAGCUCGUGGUUGGACGACCGGUUUCCUCGGGUACCGGUACGCCCGAGAUCCGUCUUGCUCUGCCUGCGCCGAUCGGUGCUGCGGCAUGA